GUAUAGUUUCUUCUUUUUGUUCCAGGUUUGUAUUUCCAUAUAUUGGGAGAAGGAGUGGUCAGAGUGUCCGGCAGCUCGAAUGACAAAGAGAAUUACAUCGACUUCAAAAUGAGAAUGCUUGGAGAAGGAGGUCGGAUGAUGAUCCUUUCCCCAGGAGUUCACACUUUUCCUUUCAAGCUUGGCCUACCCUUAGGCUUACCCUCCACCUUUCUUGCCAAACAUGGAUGGGUUCAGUACUACUGUAAGGCAGAACUGAAAGAGGCAUCCGGGCUGACGCACAAAAACCAGCAAGUCUUCAUCAUCAUGAAUCCCAUAGACCUCAAUCUCGAACCCUCUCUGCUAAUGCAACCCUUCCACUGUGAAAUUCAGGAGAAAGUUGGGAUACCCUGUCUGACGGCGGGAAGCAUUCUCUGUAGAAUUCGUCUGGACAGGGGUGGUUACGUGCCCGGGGAGAAUAUCUGCAUCUAUGCAGCCAUCGAAAACAGCAGUAAAGUCACCAUCAAGAGGACAAAGGCUACCCUCACAGAGACCAUUCAGUAUACGGCAAAGAAUAAAUUAAUUCAUACGGAGAGUAGAGAGCUGGCCUCCCUGCAGAAGGGGCGUAUUGCAUCCGGUUCGGGGGAUCAGUGGCAAAACGCCCUCCUCCACAUCCCUCCACUCCCCCCCACCAACCUAAGAGGCUGCCAUCUCAUCAGAAUACAGUACGAUGUUUAUUUUGUUAUUGAACCAAAAGGUCUGGACCGUCCAAUCAAGCUUCAGUUGCCAAUAAUGAUCGCCACCUACCCAGUCAGAAAUAAAGACCUCAGCAGAAGGCCUCCUGCAUAUCCAGCUCUUUUACCCGUCUUCAGGAAUUAAUUAUAAUUUUUUAAAUCAAUAUUUUGUGAAGACUCUUUAAGAAAUAUAAUUUCGUGGAAAACAAAUCACUGAAAUAGGAAUAUUAGCUCAAAGGAUGCUUCUCGAAUUAAUUAUUGUAAUAAUAAAUUUAUCACUUUAAAAUCGAAAAAGAUUCUUGAAUUCCAUAUUAUCUACUCUUAAGAUUGACACCAAAAACAACCGUUGCUAUGGGAACAAGCAAAAAAAACCUAAACUAAACUAAAUCGAAUCGCUUGAACAUGAGUGAAAGGUAAAGUUUGCCUAUGCGAACCUUAAAAAAACGGUCGUAUUUUUCUACACCGAAAGCCAAAUUUUCUCGUAUAGUUCGUUCACCAGGAGUUGGCACUUGGUUCCACAUCUACGGACGAAGAGUUCAUUUCAGUGCGGGAGUAAGAGGAGUAACGUCCCCGCGCUUGAAACUGAGACAACCCUUAAUGCGUGUCAAAUGCAAAUAGUGAAUUUUUCUUCAGUCACGUACUUCGCUUUAUCAUUUGCUAUUAUACCUUCCGUUACUCUAGGUAAUUAAAUAUAUUGCAGCAAAAUUUCUCAAAAAAGUAUAAACUAUUCACUCAAAAGAGAGAAAUAACAUUAAAUUUAUGAAAUAUUUAAUGUUAAAAAAAAUGCACAUAAAGAGUGCGAAAUAAAUAUUUUUGUCAUACUAUCGCCAAGUAGCAACCUUGUUCAGGAUUGUUCACAUCCCUGUGCAAAAAAUAGGGAAAUAGUAUCGUCGGAUACCACGUGAUUAAGGUGGAGCCAAGUGCCAACUUCUGGUGAACGAACUAUAGCAGUGAAAUCAAAAAUUUAAUUGCAAUUUUAAAAAAAAUGAUUUUACAAAGAGUUCAAAAAUAUCGUAAUACCUGCUUAUAAACUGUAAUACUUUCUUGAAUUUAAAAAGAGAUUAUAGAAAAAGAGUGUAAUGAUUCACGUAAACUUUGCAAUGUAGCUCAUCUCAACAGCCUUACUCUGUACAAUUUCGAAACCACUUGUCGUUAUUCUCAAGCCUACGGCUUGAUAUAGGAACUCAGGCUUUUGCUAACACCAAUUAUUUAAGUGUGUGAAAAGAUUAUAAUUACGUAUACUUUCUGCCAAAUUUAUAUAGUUAGUCAUUUUUAAACAGAGAGAAAUAUUUUAAAUAUUACAGUUUUAAUAAUUUUCUAUUUAUCUUGUUUUAAAUAUUUAAUGAUUGUAAGUAUAUAUUAAUACUAAAUAUUUAUUUCUAUUGUAUGUGAAGUUGUCAAUAAACAUGGAUUAUCAUUUGUUCCA